GAGGAAGGCGGCAAGAUGGUGUUGGAAAGCACUAUGGUUUGCGUGGACAACAGCGAGUAUAUGCGGAACGGGGACUUCCUACCCACCCGGCUACAGGCCCAGCAGGAUGCCGUCAACAUAGUCUGUCACUCCAAGACCCGUAGCAACCCUGAGAACAACGUGGGCCUCAUCACACUGGCCAAUGACUGUGAAGUGCUGACCACACUCACCCCUGACACCGGCCGCAUCCUGUCUAAGCUCCACACUGUCCAACCCAAGGGCAAGAUCACCUUCUGCACUGGCAUCCGCGUGGCCCAUCUGGCCCUGAAGCACCGACAGGGCAAGAAUCACAAGAUGCGAAUCAUUGCCUUUGUGGGAAGCCCCGUGGAGGACAAUGAGAAGGAUCUGGUGAAACUGGCUAAACGCCUCAAGAAGGAGAAAGUAAAUGUUGACAUUAUCAAUUUUGGGGAAGAGGAGGUGAACACAGAAAAGCUGACCGCCUUUGUAAACACAUUGAAUGGCAAAGACGGAACAGGUUCUCAUCUGGUGACAGUGCCUCCUGGGCCCAGCUUGGCUGAUGCCCUCAUCAGUUCUCCGAUUCUGGCUGGGGAAGGCGGUGCCAUGCUGGGUCUGGGUGCCAGUGACUUUGAAUUUGGAGUGGAUCCCAGUGCUGAUCCUGAGCUGGCCUUGGCCCUUCGUGUUUCUAUGGAAGAGCAGCGGCAGCGGCAGGAGGAGGAGGCGCGGCGGGCAGCUGCCGCCUCUGCCGCUGAGGCUGGAAUCGCUACGACGGGGACUGAAGGUGAAAGAGACUCGGACGAUGCCCUGCUGAAGAUGACCAUCAGCCAGCAGGAGUUUGGCCGCACCGGGCUCCCUGACCUAAGCAGUAUGACCGAGGAAGAACAGAUUGCAUAUGCGAUGCAGAUGUCCCUACAGGGUGCAGAAUUUGGCCAGGCAGAAUCAGCUGACAUUGACGCCAAUUCAGCCAUGGACACAUCUGAGCCCACCAAGGAGGAGGAUGAUUAUGACGUGAUGCAGGACCCCGAGUUCCUUCAGAGUGUCCUGGAGAACCUUCCAGGCGUGGAUCCCAACAAUGAGGCCAUUAGAAAUGCCAUGGGCUCCCUGGCCUCCCAGGCCACCAAGGAUGGCAAGAAGGACAAGAAGGAGGAGGACAAGAAGUGAGACUGGAGGGAAAAGGGAGCUGAGCCUGUGUGGGGCCGAGUGGGGCGGGGUGGGGUAGAGAGUUAGAUGUGCUGUCUGUGACCACUGCAACCUAAAUAAAGCUUGGCAACUUUUU